UACAAGCUUAACUCUCCACAUACAUUAUAUUUUGAGAUCAAACAACUUAUCAAUCGAAAGAAUGGAAGGGAAAACUUUGGUUCUAAGUGUGCUCGUAAUGAGUUUGUUCAUAGCGCAAAUCAACGCCAAGAGCUGCUGUCCAACCACCACUGCUAGAAAUAUCUAUAAUACUUGCCGUUUAACUGGAUCACCUAGGCCAGUAUGUGCAAGCCUCAGCGGCUGCAUAAACAUUAGUGGGACAAAAUGUCCUAAUGGAUAUCCGCAUGACAUUCUCGAAAACACUGGUAACUCUGUCGAUGCUUACUGCAAGUUAGGGUGUGUAUCCUCUGUAUGCGGUGGCUUAACAACUCUCCAGAACUCUGAUGCAAGUAAAAUCGUGAGUGGAGCGGUUGAAAAAUGUGCCAACGUAUGUUCUACAGUAUGCACCAAAGGCUCGAUGAAUGCAGUUGAAAUUGCCUAGACAAGAGCAUAAAAAUACCACGGGUGAAGGAGGUUCACAGUGUUGUUUUCAUGUUUUCAAUAAUUGUCAUGUUUCACAAUGUUGUUUUCAACAGUGUUAAGACUCUCGUUCUCGUUUGUGUAUGUGUGUAGAAGGUUGCCAAUCUCUUGAUUGUAUAUGCCUUCUACUCAUAUUUUAAAUAAUGAAUAAUGUGCUUCUAUUAAUCUUCUAAUAAUGUGCUUCAUUU